CAAAUACACCAAUCAGAGACGACCACGCGUGGAAUUGUUAUGUUAUACGUGUAGAACUAUCGUACACUUGUCAGUCUUUAAAAAUGGCCGCGAGAAGAAGGAAGAGCGAUUUAAUUUUUUCACUUUUCAUAUUAAUUUUAUCAUUUAUAAGUAUUAUUCAAGGAAAGAGUUCAAAAUAUGUGACAUGUGGUUCGAUACUAAAAUUAAUGAAUAUUGAUUAUAAAGUGCGAUUACAUUCUCACGAUAUAAAAUACGGAACUGGAAGUGGACAACAAUCUGUGACAGGUACAGAAUCUAAGGACGAUGGAAAUUCACAUUGGUUAAUAAAAGGGGAAACUAAAAAACAAUGUAUACGAGGAAAGCCAAUAAAAUGUGGAGAAAUAAUUCGUUUUGAGCAUACAAUAACGAAAAAAAAUCUUCACUCUCAUUAUGUUCAAUCGCCUCUUAGUGGAAAACAAGAAGUCUCAGCUUAUGGAGACAUCAAAGGAGACGGUGAUAGUGGCGAUCAUUGGAUGGUGAUUUGCGAUAAUGAUUUUUGGCAACGAGACAGUCCAAUAACAUUACAACACGUGGAUACUCAAGCCUAUUUAUCAGUAACCGGAAGAACAUAUGGUUCUCCAAUUGUUGGACAAACCGAAGUAGUUGGAGAACAUUCGCAAAAACAUGUUGAAUGGCAAGCUAUGGAAGGUCUUUUCGUUCAUACUACUGAUUUUAAAUCUCAUCACUAUGAACACACGGAGCUUUAAUUUUAAUUAAAGUUCUUCAAGUUUUAGAUAAUUAAUUACAAUAAUUAAAAGGGAAUUGACACUUAUAAUAAUUAAAUGUGUGCGCUAAUCUCCCUUAUAAUUUGCUGAUAAAAUAUCAAUUUGAAUGAAGAAAAUACGAGUGCAAAUGUUUUUUGUAAUUGUUAAAUAUCACUGUUGCUUACCAAACAUGAAUGUUUAUAAAAAAAAAAAUCAAUAAUAUUACGUAUUAAAUACUUCUAAGAUUAUA